AAGGACGGAGGCAGAGAGAAAAGGUUAGCAGCGAGAGUUGGAUUAACCCGAGUGAAAGAGUGAGAUGGUGAAUGUCGAUUUUGUGAUUGCGACAGUGUGCAGCAGCACCAGCCACAGCAUCAGCACCAACACCAACACAACUUGUAACUAUAAUCCGCAAGGAACAAAGCCAAAUACCGAAGAAGGUUAUUUAGCAAUAGCCUGACAACUGACAGUAGGAGAGAAACACGAGGAAUAUAAAGAAGAGUCUUCAUCAAACUGGCGACUUGUUAUUAUCCGCCCGGGCCCAAAGAUAGAUUUAACGCCAUCUGCAUCCGUGCAAAUAACCGUUUUACUAAAUACACUGCUUUUAGACGAUUUUCGCUGGGCUCAUUAAAAAUUCAAGAAUAAAAAUGAAGGGGUAUUUCUUCGAGACAAGAAUGAUAUGGCACUCGAGUGGAUAAGGUUAUAUAGAUAUAUGGUCAUGCUGCUGACGACUUGAUUAUAUCAUCACAACUCAAAAGCUAAGAGUGAACAAUCAUAGUACAAAUUGAUGUAAACACAUUGACGUCAUAUGCUUUUACGACUGAUAAUAGUUAAUUUAUAAUAAUGGCUUCACGUAUUACUGCGUCCGCCACGGUUCGGGCUGUCAAAGGGAAGAAAACCCUACCAACUCGUGCUGCUCUCGUUCUGACCCAAAAUGCUGUGAAAAAAAUUAAGGAAAUUCUAGGCAACAAAGAGGAAUACAUUGGAUUAAAAGUUGGUGUACGACAGCGAGGCUGCAACGGAUUAAGUUAUACACUUGAUUAUGCUAAAGAAAAGAGUAAACUUGACGAGGAGGUCUUGCAAGACGGUGUGAGAGUUAUAAUUGACAGAAAAGCUCAACUGUCGUUGCUAGGUACUGAGAUGGAUUACAUCGAGGGAAAGUUGAGUUCAGAAUUUGUUUUCAACAAUCCAAAUAUCAAGGGGACCUGUGGAUGUGGAGAAAGUUUUUCCGUCUAAUUUGGAUGAAUUUUGAGAAAUCAAAUAGUGCUCUCAGCUAUUAUCAAGUAAUCUUCGUUAUUUUCCUAUGUAUAUAAUGAAAUCACACCGUAAUUUUGGUGAUUUAAAUGUAUAUAGCGAUAAAGUUAUGUAUAGAGCUAAUUCGUGAAUGGGAGAUCAGUCAAAAACAAUUGACGUGUAUCUAAUUAUCUGACGAAUAUAUGAUAUUAUUGAA